AUGUCGGCCACAAACGAGAACCCAAAAUACGUGGCACAGAAACAGGGCAUAGAUCGUGCAAAGAGUCGACAGAGUGGUAAGUCGAAAACAGUAGCUGGGGCUAAGAGUGUGGUUGGCGGGGCAGAUGGGAAGGCUGACUCAUUGGCGGAUCUGAAGAAGGAAGUGGAGAUGGAUGAUCAUCAGAUCUCGGAUGACGAAAUUCAACAGAGAUACCACACCAACUUCCAAAACGGUCUGACCGCGAAGCAAGCCCGUCGGAAACUGGAGCGGGACGGACCGAAUUCACUCAGUCCCCCCAAACAGCAGUCGGAGAUCAUCAAGUUCCUCAAACUCAUGUUCACUGGCUUCAGUCUCCUUCUGUGGAUCGGGGCUGUCCUCUGCUUCUGCAGUUACAUCUACAAAGCGAGCACGGAGAAGAAUGCACAGAUGGAUGACUUGUGGCUGGGGGUGGUGCUGGCGGUGGUGGUCGUCGUCACUUCUGUCUUCCAGUACACUCAGGAGGCCAAGAGCAGCAGGAUCAUGGAGAGCUUCAAGAAGAUGAUUCCACAGAAAGGGACAGUUAUUCGGGAUGGUCACACGAUAGAGGUGAACUGUGAGGAGCUGGUGCUGGGGGACAUCAUCCGAGUGAAGGCGGGGGAUAGGAUACCAGCCGACAUGAGGGUCAUAGACGCCAAGGGGUUCAAGGUUGACAAUUCCUCUCUCACUGGUGAGUCUGAGCCCCAGUCGCGAACUCCAGAGAAGACCCACGACAACCCACUGGAGACUAAGAACCUCGCCUUCUUCUCAACCAACGCAGUCGAAGGCACCUGUCGUGGCAUUGUGAUUCGAACGGGAGACAACACCAUAAUGGGCAGAAUAGCCUCCCUCACCUCCAAUCUGGGCAACAGCUCCACCCCCAUCGCCAGAGAGAUCAGCCACUUUGUUCACAUCAUCACCGGGGUGGCAGUAUCUUUAGGUCUGAUCUUCUUCGUGCUGUCUCUGAUUCUUGACUACUACUGGGUGCAGGCCAUAGUCUUCGUUAUCGGCAUCAUCGUGGCCAAUGUGCCAGAGGGACUACUGGCCACUGUCACUGUGUGUCUGACGUUGACAGCGAAGAACAUGGCGAAGAAGAACUGUCUGGUGAAGAACUUGGAGGCGGUGGAAACUCUAGGGAGCACAAGUGUGAUCUGCAGUGACAAGACAGGCACCCUCACUCAGAACAGGAUGACAGUGGCUCACUUGUGGUUUGAUGGGAAGAUCCAACAGGUCGACACUUCCGAGGACCAAACAGGCGAAGGGUUUGACAAGAAGUCUGACACGUGGAAAGCACUUUCACUGGUGGGGGCACUCUGCAACAGGGCUGAGUUCGCGGGGGCACAGGAGGACAUACCAGUGCUGAAGAGGGAAGUGGUGGGUGAUGCCAGCGAGAGUGCCAUUCUGAAGUGCAUUGAGGCCAGUCAGGGGGGAGUGAAGGCGACGAGGGGGGAGCAUCCCAAACUGGCAGAGAUUCCAUUCAACUCCGUCAACAAAUACCAGCUGUCAAUCCAUAAAACACCAGACGGGAGAGUUCUUCUGGUAAUGAAAGGAGCACCCGAAAGGAUAGCAGAUCUGUGCAAGACCAUCUUGUUACACGGAGCAGAGGAAGAAUUCUCAGCGGCAAAAAGGGCCGAGUAUGAAGAAGCCUACAUGGCUCUGGGUGGCAAAGGCGAGCGAGUGCUGGGAUUUGCCCAGUUGGAACUAGACCCCAAACAGUACCCGGCCGACUUCCCAUUCGACGCAGAGGAUCCCAACUUCCCCAUGAGUGACCUGUGUUUCGUGGGUCUGAUGGCCAUGAUUGACCCACCGAGAGCUGCCGUGCCGGAUGCAGUGUCUAAGUGCAGAGAUGCUGGAAUCAAGAUCAUCAUGGUAACUGGUGACCACCCAAUCACAGCCAAGGCCAUAGCCCAGCAAGUGGGCAUCAUAUCUCCAAAUAAGGAAGUGGUGGAGGAUGUGAACAAGGCAGCUGCAUUUGUGGAGGAGGAAAUGGUGGUGGACAACAAUGUGAACAGAGACAGAGUGGCCAGCAAUGCGGCAAAGAGGCACGGCAAAGCGUGUGUGAUCCACGGAAACGACUUGAAGGACUUGAGUGAAGACCAACUCGCGAAUGUGCUCAAAAAUCACGACGAAAUCGUAUUCGCAAGGACCUCCCCCCAGCAGAAGUUGAACAUAGUGGAGGGGUGUCAGAGAGCGGGAAAGAUUGUGGCUGUGACAGGGGACGGAGUGAAUGACUCACCCGCACUCAAAAAAGCAGACAUUGGUAUCGCAAUGGGCAUCGCUGGCUCAGAUGUGUCCAAACAAGCAGCCGACAUGAUCCUGCUGGACGACAACUUCGCUUCGAUCGUCACUGGAGUGGAAGAAGGCCGCCUCAUAUUCGACAACCUCAAGAAGUCCAUCGCAUACACACUCAACAUCCCCGAGAUAGCCCCCUUCCUGUUCCACGUUGUCUUCUCCAUCCCCCUCCCCCUCUCCACGGUGACUAUUCUGUUCAUUGAUCUGGGCACUGACUUGUGGCCCUCAAUUGCACUGGCAUAUGAGCCGGCUGAGAAUGACAUCAUGAAAAGGAGGCCCAGGGAUCCAAAGAGGGACAGACUGGUCAAUGCCAGGAUGAUCAAUCUAGUGUACGGCAUGGUCGGAAUAAUGCAGGCGGCGGGUGGCUUCUUCACCUACUUUGUGAUCAUGGGAGUGAAUGGGUUCCACCCCAAGAUACUGUUUGGGUUGAGGGAGGACUGGGACAACCAGGACAUCAACGACUUACGCGACUCCAGAGGACAGAUGUGGGCGUAUGACCAGCGGAAGACCCUGGAGUACACGUGCAACACUGCCUUCUUCACGAGUAUAGUGGUGGUACAGUGGAGUGACCUCAUCAUCCACAAGACCAGAAUGAACUCGCUCUUCACACAGGGUAUCAUGUCCAACCACCCCCUGUUGAUCGGGAUGGUAUUCGAGACUUGUCUGUGCAUCUUCCUCUCCUACUGUCCCGGACUACAGAGUGCCAUCAAAACAGCCCCAAUUCAUUUCUGGUAUUGGUUCCCCAGUCUUCCCUUUGCGUACGUGAUCUUCACUUUUGACGAAGUGAGACGAUACCUGAUCAGAAAGUAUCCAGGCGGAUGGGUCGAAAGAGAGACAUACUUCUAGACGAUUUAGCAAACUUGAGAACUCAAUGGAACUAAACUGGAACUAAA